AUGAUUUAUGUAAUGACGAAACAAGAAAUUCCGAGAGUUCGGGGACGCCCAGCGGGUCUCUUGGCAAGCGCCAACGACAUCCGGCAGGCCUGCGGCUCCGUGGGCCUGCAGCCAUUUGUGCCCCGCGCGGUUUCGCAAAUUUACAGUGCCAUGAAGGCUGCGAAGCAGAUGGGUUUGCAGCUGGACAAUGAAGAGGGAAUCCCCAUCGCCUUCGAUCAAGGCUGCAGCUACGCCGCCUGCUCAGGCACUUUCCGGGACUUGUACGAUGGCACAACGGACUUGACGGGAUUGGCGCUCGCGCUUGCCUCCGCAGACAGCAGCGUGACAUCUUCUUCAGACACAGCAGGGGAGGCCGAACAAGCGUGA